CUUGGUCCCGUGCCCGCGCAACGCGAACGCGCAUGAGAUUAGCAUCGAUGAAGUUUGAGCGAACAUGGCGGAUUUCCUGCCGACCAGGUCUGUGUUAAAAGUUUGUCUACCCUUCUGUGUGCUCAGCAACGCAGAGGCGGACCAGAUACGAAAGUCUAAAGAGAUCGACAAAGGUCUGAACCGGGAGAAGACGCAUGUGAAACGCUUGGUUAAAAUCCUUCUGCUGGGCGCUGGCGAGAGCGGCAAGUCGACUUUCCUUAAACAAAUGCGGAUCAUCCACGGCGAUGACUUCGACGCGAAAGCCCGAGAAGACUUCAGAUCAACGAUUUACAGCAACGUUAUUAAAGGUAUCCGUGUGUUGGUGGAUGCACGGGAGAAGCUACACAUCCCUUGGGGUGACCCAAACAAUCAGCCGCAUGGGGACAAAGUGAUGGCUUUUGACACCCGCUCGGCCAAGAUGGUGAAUGGGCAGGUGGACAGGCAGGUGUUUUAUGAGUAUGUGGUUGCCAUCAAAGCACUGUGGGCAGACUCGGGUAUACAGAAUGCCUACGAUCGUCGCAGGGAGUUUCAGCUGGGUGAGUCGGUGAAGUAUUUCUUGGAUAAUCUGGAUAGGCUCUGCGAGGCGAAUUAUCUCCCCAGUCAACAGGACAUCCUGCUGGCUCGUAAACCCACCAAGGGCAUCCACGAGUACAACUUUGAGAUCAGGAACAUUCCUUUUAAGAUGGUAGACGUGGGGGGGCAACGAUCAGAGCGGAGACGGUGGUUUGAAUGUUUCGACUCCGUCACUUCCAUCCUCUUCCUCGUCUCUUCCUCUGAAUAUGAUCAGGUGCUGAUGGAGGACAGGCAGACCAACCGCCUUCGUGAAUCACUCAACAUCUUUGAGACAAUCGUCAACAACCGAGUCUUUGGCAACGUUUCCAUUAUCCUUUUCCUGAACAAGACGGAUCUGCUGGAGGAGAAGGUGAAAAUCGUUGCUUUCAAAGACUACUUUCCCGAAUACACCGGAAAGGAACAUGACCUGUCAGACGUCCAGUGUUUCAUGGUGGACUGCUUCCGAGCCAAGAGACGCAUCGUCUCACAGAAGCCUCUGUACCACCACUUCACCACGGCCAUCAACACUGAGAACAUCAGGCUGGUGUUCCGGGAUGUCAAAGACACCAUCCUCCAUGAAAACCUCAUUCAGCUCAUGCUUCAAUGACCCCUGGAACCCUGUGAAAGAAUAGGGACUGACAACCUAUUCCACCUUACUCCCUUGAAGGACUUUAAGGAGACCAGCCUCUGAAGAGCCGGAUAGAUGUCAUCCUUCUGCCUUGGACAUUUUUUUAGCGUUUGCAUUCCACUUGGAAGAGUUGGCCCUCUGUUUAGCUCAGGAUCUGACUAGGGAACAAGUCAUUUGGGCAAACUGUGGUAUAAAAUAAGACAAAAAAAAACUGGUUUGGUUUUUGAAUAGCAUACCCCUGCUGCUUUGUCCUCUGUCAAGAGCUCUACUGGGACUUUUCAACUCCUGCCAUGCCCGUGCUGGCACAAACGACGGUCAACCAGAUGUUUUUACAAACCAGGUGAAUGAUGUCUAAUCCAGCAAACAAAGAAAAUAAUCUGAGUCAAAUAUGUUUCAGUGGCAAAUACAUUCAAGGUUUGACUGUGCCAGAUUAUCUAGUCCACGCUGAAGCACUGACUCGAGUUUCUCCAGAGAUGUACUCCUUCUGUUUCCACUUGGUUUGAAGCCUCUUUAGGAGAAACUGCACAACUGUGUUUUUUAUUUUUAUUUUUUUUCACCAUCACACAUUCCUUCCCGUUAAGAACAGCAGGUCAUUGGCGUCGGCACAAAGCCAAAAUUUCCUCUGAGACUGUUGAACGUGAAACGAUGCAUAGACUAGCUCCAGAACACUGUUUGUUGAUGACUGCUAGGAGAAGGCACAACUACACGACUGAACCUUUCUACAUAACGUCUUGGGGCCUAAUCACUGCCUUAAAUGGCUGUUUAGAAUUAGUGUUAAUAUUAAUUCUUUUUAAUAAGAAGGUUUAAAUUUAUCCUUACAUGUCGUUCACAAUUUUGAUAGAAAGGGUAAAACCGAAUACCUAGAUUGUAACAUUAUGCAGGUGUGCCACUAAGUGAACAUGCAGUCAGUCCACUGUUUCCUCAGGGUUGAAUCAGAACCGGUGUUGAUACAGAUGUAAUGUUAUUACAUUCAGCAGUAGUUAACUCGGCCGGCCAUCCACAGCCCUGAUUCCCUUUCUUUUUAUUUGUAGCCAUUUGAUUAGUUAGACAACCUUCAUAAGGCAUACCCCUCGUUUUUGUAUUAAUCAUAGAUGUCAGUAAUUCUACAGGGAUUUGUUCUUAAAUUUACUGUCUUCGAUAUUGCUGUGGUAAUCAUGUGAGAAUUGUUUUUUCGCACUGAAUUUUGACUCCAAGGAUUACUGAGAAACCAUCAAACAUUUCCUUUAUGUAUUUUUGCACACCAGAGUGUGCUGUUUUGGAUUUCUCACAAAUACAUUGUGAAUUUUGUAGAAAAAAAUGUGAUGAGAAAAGCUACUGGAGUUGAGUAACUUUGUCAGUGAUUGUUCUCUGUAGGGGACUGAUUUUCAAGGCACUGUUAAUCGGUUGUUUGGGGUUUUGCCAAAUCAUUCAUUUUUUCUCCAGGACUGUUUAAUGGUCUACAGGCUUGUCUUUUGCUUUUGUUUUCCACACAAGUGAAGUUCUCAAUAUGGCUUCAAGUCUCUGCUUUGUAAAUAUGUUAAUAUUAUUCAGGUUCAACUUCUUUUAUGUAAAUGGUUGUAGAAAAUUUGAUUUGUUUUUCUUUUGCUGGAUAAUUUCAAAUCACCAUUUUUCCCAAUGAAGAUUUUUUUAAUGUUGAAUUUCUUUAGUGUAUUUUAUUUUCCAUCACAUUUUCAGAAUUCAUGUUCAUGUCAAAUUUCACUAUAAACCCAUAACCUCAUCAAUAAAAUACACUUUUCUUAUACCACGCA